AUGGCAACCUCAUCCGCAAAUCAAACACAUGAGGAGCAAGAAGAUGUAGACCCUGCUGAGCAGUCCUCCACCGGACAGCCCAACAAUGAACACUCUGUUGAUGGAAAGAAGGGUGGGGAAGAAGAGAACAGGGCUGACAGCGAGAGUUAUGAUGAGGAAGAAGAGGAGAUAUCGUCACCAUCGGUACCACCUUCUGUAACUAUGCAAGCUGAACCAAAGCUCAUGGAGAUCUCCAACCAGAUCUACAAGAAAAUAAUGUUCGAAUAUCAUCCUGGUUGGAUACUGCACUUUGAUUUUCAUGCAGAGCUUGGACACUCUUUGUAUGUCUUUGAUUUUACUGGCUUGGACAGACGCAUAUUCAGGUGCCACAGAAAAACCAGCACUGUCUUCCAGGCUUUAUACUACAUGUCCCACGCAAUGUACCCAAACCUUGAGACUGUCAGGAAAGGCCAAGUUCAAAUUAACAUGAUUGAUGGCAAGACCGUGACGAGGAUGUUAUUAGAAAUCCAUGGCUCUUACCCUAGCAAUUUUGCCCAGAUAUGUAUGUAUCAUACGCCAAUGGCAGUCAAUUUGAUGGUCGCUCUCGCCAAGCGGUCACUACCCAAAAACUUCUUGGAGAAGCUGGUUGUUGGGUGUACUUUUGCGGGCCGUCUUGACCAGUUCUAUGGACUCCCCACAAUCGAGGCUGCCACUCAGCGGACAUUGAACAAUCUCAACGGAGCUCUCCGAAUUCGGUACGAAAAUGAAAGGACGUUUAAGCUUUGA